UUGAAUGCUUUCGAAAGACAGGUAAAUCAGCUAGCACCUGUUGUGUUCGUGUGUGCAACCCACAGCGAUGACGUUACGUUGGAGGCCAGUCAGUUCGAAGACAUUCUACAAUUCGACUUCGCCGACUCAUAUCACAACUUGUCAAUGAAAAUGAUGGCGAUUUAUCAAUUCGUCCUGGACGAAUUGCCUUCAGUUCGUGACAUUAUUGUCUUGAAUGACGAUACAAUAGUCAACGCUACUGCUCUAGCAGAGGGAUCAUCUUUCAUCUUAUCACGAAAUGCAGCACGACUGCUGAUCGAGAAUAUUUGUAAAACACCAUUUGUGCAUCUUGACGAUAUUAUGAUGGGCGAGUCACCUUACCACCAUUGA